UUUUCAAAGGAGGUAUUAGUAUUUCCUCUAAACAGCCUACAACAAUAAGCUACACAUCAUGUCAGAUGACAGCAAGGUAUGGUUCAUUUAGCCUAUUUUGAGUUUAGAGGAGAAAUUACUAACAAUAUAGUAGGUCACUACCAAAGCAAUAGGUCUCACUGGUUUGAUCCAUGGACUGAAAUCUGACCACUAUUGCCGUUUUGUUUAAAAUAGGAGCGAAUAAGUUGUUUCACAAAGUCACAACCUAGGACUGAUAUUGACCUCUCAUUUAUCCACCAGAGCGUGAAAUGGGAGGAUCCCCCGGAUGACCAAAAUAAGGUUGUGGAGAAUAUGAAGGAUGAAACAGAGACACAUGAGACCAACAAGAACAGGACAGGAGGCAAGGUAAGACAUAUGCUGUCCUUUACACAUGUUCUGCCUACUUAGACAUCACUAAAUCCUAGCCUUAAAGCAUUAGGAGGAGACGCUACACUGACCUUAGAUCUGCUAUGAGACCUAUAAUCUGUUGUCAUGUAGGCUAAACGUAAGUCCAGUGGCCGUGCCAAGAAGACUUCCGCGGAGGAGGACAGCAGCAUUGGUGCAGGUCCGAGAUUACUUCAUGUUGGGUGCAGGUUGUGUUCAAAUUCAUCAGCACUGAUCUGAGAAGAUAGUAUCUAUAUAGGUGAAAGCAAUAUAGUGGAGGCCCGCAGAGAAAUGUGCUUUUACCUGUCCAGUGGAAUCAAAUCACUAAAGGUGAAGGAAAUUAGGGAUCAAGUUCAGAUUCAACUUUAGAUUUCUCUUUGCGGUUUCCCAGAGUCUUCUCAGACACCCGGGUGUGGUUUCCGGGAAAGGGGAUCUAUCAUUGAGCAGCUGGAGAAGGAGGCUCAGAGGACUCUUAUGCCUUCUCUCAAGAUUGAGACAUGCUGUGCCCCAAUCCUCCUCUCCUUCCUGAGGAGUCUAACUGAUGACCAAUGGAGAGUGAUUCAGCAUGGCAUGAAAAAUAACCUCACAUUCGAGCAGCUCUCCAUGCUGUGUCUGAAGAUUGUUAAAGUCGUGACCCAGACAGCCCUCCGCAUUCUCCUACCAGCGCUAGCUCGUAUCAUGGGGGUGAACCUGAGGAGUGGGGCAACCUCCCCAGAAUCCCAGUGCUCUCUGACAGGGUCUGAGGAUUCCUUAGGCAGUCUGGAUGAGAGAGAGAAAAGGCUGCUGACCAGUGAGAUGAACUACUGGACUAAGGAGAGGAGGAGGAAUGGCAGUGCAGGGUGCCGCCAUAAAUCCACUCGCAGAACCUCAUCACCAUGCUGUUCGCCUAAGAGCGUUCCAAGAGAGGAAACAAAAAGGACUGCCAUUCAGUCCAGGAACAGACUGAGAUUCCCUCUACUGAUGGACAUUGCAUAGCUCCAGUUGGAGAGGUUUCUCCCUCCAUAUCUCAGCCUGUCAAAAAACGAUCCUUGAUUGUCAGGGUCUUUUCAGCAAUGAUGAAGCCAUUCAGGCGCUUCACCAAGAAGAACCUGUAACCUGUUACGCUGCAUGAGGAACUACUUUUGUAACAGCAAGACUUUUGACAAGAGGAAUUUCUGCAUGUCUACCCUUUCAAAGUAUAUUUGAUCAAAUAAAUGGCAAUGAUUUUACAAGAAUUUCAAGUGUUUUGGAAGAUUAGUAAAACUGAAGCAGCUUUUCUCAGAGAAAUGCACUAGUUCCCCCUUGGUUAUACAUUUAUUGUGCAGUUUU